CUCCUGUGGUGGGAUCGACUCAAUCCCGUGGACCUAUGUGGAGUAUUCCAUUGGUACUUUGUCCCUUUCCAACGAAGGAAAAGUUUUGAUGCCCGGAUUAAUAGUGCCAAGGUGAAGUGUGUUUUCUUGCGGAGCAAGAAUCUGCGUUGAAGGAAGAGUUGAAUCAUUCUUUCACUGAGAAGGCCAUGCUUCCGGCCAAAUUGGGUCAAGGAGAUCGUAGCUUUGGCCUUGGACAAUACUCUUCAGCUCUUAGAUAACACGCCAUGCCUAAAAUGGGCCCUGGUUUUCAGGCCAAUGUAAUGGAGAACUACACAAUAUCCAAUAUGACAUUAGUCUCCAAUUCCACAUCCAAUACAGAGGACCUGUUUAUCGUGGUGGUCACCUCUGUUGUCUUGGGCCUGAUGACCCUGACGACAAUUGUGGGAAACGUGUUUGUUAUCGCCGCCAUCAUUUUGGAGAGGAAUCUGCAGAACGUGGCUAAUUACCUCAUCUUGAGUCUGGCCGUGGCCGAUCUACUCGUGGCGGUUUUGGUCAUGCCCUUGGGCGCUGUUUAUGAGAUAAGCAAGGAAUGGACGUUCGGCACUCAAUUGUGUGAUAUCUGGACCAUGAGUGAUGUGUUGUGUUGCACGGCAUCCAUUCUUCAUUUGCUGGCCAUCGCCGUUGAUAGAUACUGGGCGGUCACUCAGGUUCAUUAUAUCCACUCAAGGACCAUUCGAACGGUUUCCGGGAUGAUCGCGGCUAUUUGGUUCACCUCGGUGUUUGUGUCUUUGGCUCCAAUGUUCGGAUGGAAGGACAACAACUUCGAGACGCGUGUCAAUGUGGAGAAAACCUGCAUGGUGAGUCAGGAUGUCAGCUACCAGGUGUUCGCCACCAUGGCCACUUUCUACGUUCCAUUGGUGGUCAUCCUCCUUCUUUACUGGCGUAUCUUCUUGACGGCCCGAAAUCGCCUCCGGACCCGACAAGCCCAGAAGGCUCAAGUGCCCCAUAGUGUUCGGAAAUCGAAUCCUUUAGCCGGUGCCAAGGCCCACCGGAACGGCAGCCACGCCAGUGAAGCCAAAAUGAGUGCCAAGAACCGAGUCAAAACGGUCUUGAUCCGGCGCAGCAAGCCCAAGAUGGAGAUCCCGUUGGAGCAGGCGGAAGAGGCCGAGGAGACGGCCUUUCAGACCCUGCCCGGAUCCCGGACUAGAUUGUACAGUGAUGGCGCCAUCCACCACCAGCCCAUGGGUCCCUUAGACGAUUCCCCAACUAGCCGCGGAGAGCACUCCCCUAGUUGCCCGAAGAACAGCCCCACCAAUUCGGUCAUGAGUCAGGGUUGCCAAACCGAGCGGAGUGCCGCCAGGCCCUUAGGCCUCGGCAAAGGUGCCGCUGAUCAAGGCAAGCGGGCUUCGAAGCGACAGAAGGCCAAGCGAAACUCGAGCCUGAUCCGCCAUCAGAAGGAGAAAAAGCACGUUAGUCUGGAGGCCAAACGUGAACGCAAAGCGGCCAAGACCCUAGCCAUCGUGACCGGCGCCUUCAUCGUUUGCUGGCUGCCCUUCUUCAUCCUGGCCCUCCUCAUGCCCAUCUUCAAAAGCCACGAGUUCGAUGGACGAUUGGUGUCGUUCUUCCUGUGGUUGGGCUACUUCAACUCCACGCUCAACCCGAUCAUCUACACCGUCUUCAGUCCCGAGUUCCGACAAGCCUUUCAAAGGCUGCUCUUUGGCAAGGCCACCAAUCAAAGCCACCGGCCGAGGCAUCUCCAAUGACUCACCAAGGCUAGUUCGCUGAAUGCAAAUUUCGAUACAUGUCGUCUUCAAUCGCAUUAAGAAAUAAUAACCAAUGUCGGACGGAAUUUUCGGGAAAGAAAGAGAGAAACCUAUCUGGGCAAGCUCAAGCCCCCCCCGGGACUACAUUUGUGCUUGUGCUUUGUGUGCGCCAUGAAUCAAAGUUCUUGUCCUACUUAGCGCAUCUGCGAAUGAAAUCAAUCAGCUGUGAGUGGAAGGAUCGAUCCAUCCGAACUUAAUCCGAAGUUUUACCCGUUAAAAUGAAAUAAAAAACGAAGAAAGAAGCAAAAAAGUA